CAGCUUCACACACUCAUAGCCUCUCUUUGGGAUUCUCCAAAGAACACAUUUUGAACUCAAUUUUUGGUUAAAGGUGAGCGAGGGAUGAAGUGCUUGUUUUAACAGCAGAAUUUACUCCUAGAACUCCAUUCAAAAUGACGCCUGUAGUUCCAUACUCUAUAAGCAAUGUCUCAGUUUUUCCUGGAACUGCCUUUACCUCAAGAAAGACCAAUUCUUUAACCAAAUUCAAUUUUUCUAGGAAUUCCGCUAGACAUACUUUAUCCCCCCAGAGUUUUCUUUUACCUUUUUCGACCUCUAUUAGAUUGUUUCCGUUGUACAACAACAGAUGCCCUGUACAUCAUAGUUCUAGAACCUAUGUAAUAUCUGCCACAGGGACUGACGUAGCAGUGGAGCAACCAGACUCAGCCACUGCAGAAGCUACUACUGAAGCCUUGGAUAAUUCCUCCGAUGCAGCUGAAACUAUUGAAAAAUCCUCCAGCUCUGAUGCAAGUUCCGGUCCAUCUCAAGCAAGGCGUGCAAGACCUGGUAGGCAAAGCGAGAUGCCGCCUGUUAAGAAUGAGGAGCUGGUCCCUGGUGCAACUUUUACAGGGAAAGUGAGAUCAAUCCAGCCAUUUGGUGCUUUCAUUGAUUUUGGAGCUUUCACAGAUGGCCUGGUACAUGUUUCACAGUUGAGUGAUACUUAUGUAAAAGAUGUAGGAAGUGUUGUUUCUGUUGGGCAAGAGGUGAAGGUGACAUUAGUUGAAGCCAAUAUGGAGACUAAGCGGAUUUCUCUCACUAUGCGUGAAGGGAAAGAUGCUUCUUCCAGUAGUGAUAGGGGAGGAUCUGAUAGGAGAGGUGGUCCAAAGAAAGGAGAGAGGAAAAAUGAGGGCAGAAAAAGUUCAAAGUUUGCCAAGGGGCAGGACCUAGUAGGCACAGUGAAGAAUUUGGUCAGGGCUGGUGCUUUUAUCUCUCUUCCUGAGGGGGAGGAAGGUUUCUUGCCUCAGUCUGAGGAAGUUGAUGAUGGAUUUGCAAGCAUGAUGGGUGAGACCUCGCUGGAGGUUGGCCAGGAAAUUAAUGUCCGUGUGUUGCGUAUUAGUAGAGGACAAGUGACCUUGACAAUGAAGAAAGAAGAAGAUCUUCUGAAGUCAGAGUCCCAGAUCACUCAAGGAGUCAUCCACACAGCCACAAACCCAUUUCUCCUGGCUUUUCGCCAAAACAAGGAUGUUGCUGCAUUUUUGGACGAAAGAGAGAAAACAACUAAAGAAACUGUAACUCCAAAGAGUACGAAAGAAUCAACACAGGAAGUGCUGGAUAAACAAGUAAACAGUGACAUGCAAACUCUUGACGUCCCUUCUGCCGUGGAUGAAAGUAUUGAGAACGAUGGUGCUCCUUUAGAGGUGGCUGAUGUGGGAGCCAGUGAAGUAGAUGAUGCAUCAAGCAAAGAGGACCAGGAAAACACUGUUUCUAGUUCAACAGAAACUAUAGAAACUACAGAUGGUGCAGUCCAAGACAUACAAAAGGAAGAGGUGAGUUCCAAAAUGUUGGAUCCUGAAGAAAGUAUAUCUCCUACCACAGAUUCUGCUAUUCAGGAGUCUCCAACUGAUGGAGUGGAAAAUGAUGCAAAUCCAGAUUUGUCUAGUGAAAUAGCUAAGCAAGCAUUGCCAUCAGAUAUUGCGAUAGCUGAAGAGGUUAUAGAGAGUAAAGUAGAUGACACAAUAGCAAAAGUUGAACCGCAAAUAGAACCACCUACUUCAGAGAGCGAAAGUCCUUCAACUCAACUUACUGUAGACGAGGAAGUGCAACCAGCUCCUAAUACAAGUGGAAGUAUCACCAGCUCAGAUGUUCAACCAGAUCUUGCUUCUCCUCAAGAGACAAAAGCAACUAUAUCACCAGCUCUUGUAAAACAGCUCCGUGACGAGUCAGGAGCUGGAAUGAUGGACUGCAAAAAGGCUUUGUCAGAGUCUGGAGGAGACAUUGUCAAAGCCCAGGAGUUCCUUAGAAAGAAAGGCUUAGCAAGUGCAGACAAGAAAGCCAGCAGAGUCACCGCUGAAGGGAGAAUAGGUUCGUACAUUCAUGAUAGCAGGAUUGGUAUCUUACUGGAGGUAAACUGCGAGACAGAUUUUGUUUCCCGGGGUGACAUUUUCAAGGAGCUGGUCGAUGAUUUAGCCAUGCAAGCAGCUGCAUGCCCUCAAGUACAGUACGUUACUACAGAAGAUGUUCCGGAGGAGUUUGUAAACAAGGAAAGAGAGAUUGAGAUGCAGAAAGAAGAUCUUUUGUCAAAGCCAGAGCAGAUUAGAUCAAAGAUUGUUGACGGGAGGAUCAAGAAGAGGCUUGAUGAGCUGGCAUUGCUUGAGCAGCCCUACAUCAAGAAUGAUAAGGUGGUGGUGAAGGACUGGGUGAAGCAAACGAUUGCAACCAUUGGGGAAAACAUAAAAGUGAAGAGGUUUGUGCGUUUCAAUCUGGGCGAAGGCUUGGAAAAACGGAGUCAGGAUUUUGCAGCUGAAGUGGCUGCCCAAACUGCAGCAAAAAAGGUGCCUGCAGCAGGGAAAGAACAGCCUGCUGCAGUUGAAGCAAAGGAAAUAGUUCAGAAGGCACCAACUGUAGCUAUUUCUGCUGCUUUGGUUAAACAACUAAGGGAAGAAACUGGAGCGGGAAUGAUGGACUGCAAGAAAGCUCUCUCUGAAACUGGAGGGGAUAUAGAGAAGGCACAAGAGUACCUCAGAAAGAAGGGUCUUUCUUCUGCCGAAAAGAAAUCCAGUCGGCUUGCUGCUGAAGGCAGGAUAGGAUCUUACAUUCAUGAUGCUCGCAUUGGAGUUCUGAUUGAAGUCAACUCUGAGACAGACUUUGUUGGUCGAAGUGAAAAGUUCAAGGAGUUGGUUGAUGACCUGGCAAUGCAAGUUGUGGCCUGCCCACAGGUGCAAUUUGUAUCCAUCGAAGACAUUCCAGAGAGUAUUGUAAAGAAGGAAAAAGAGCUUGAGAUGCAGAGGGAGGAUCUUCUGUCCAAACCUGAAAACAUUAGGGAGAGAAUCGUGGAGGGAAGGAUCUCAAAGAGGUUUGGGGAGCUUGCUCUGUUGGAGCAACCUUUUAUCAAAGAUGAUAGUUUAUUGGUGAAGGAUCUGGUGAAGCAGACUGUUGCUGCUCUUGGGGAAAAUAUAAAAGUUCGAAGGUUUGUUCGGUUCACUCUUGGGGAGACAGUUGAGGGUACGAAAUCAGAAGCUGAAGCGUAGGACAAGGACAAACAUCAACUUAGCAUCGAGCAGAGGUGGUUACUCUAAUUAUAGAUGGGGAAAUGAGAUGAUUGUUUCCUGUUUUGGUUUUAGUAUGUAGCUCAGAUGCUGGGGUUAUAUGGUGUCACUAAAGCUACAGUUUUUUUGUCAUCUGUUUUUUCUUCGUUUGCUGCACCAUGAUGGAAAUAUACCUCCCUUUUUUUGUCCGAAAUAUAUACCUCACUAUAAUUUGUUAA